AUGGGUCUCAUAACGCUACAGGUUUUCACAUUUAGGUCACACUCCCCCCUACGAUAGAAGUGGGCUGAACUGUCAUCUUUUAGCCACGCGUUUGGAACGUGGGUAUGUUUCUUUUUUCUCCCCUCUCCUCGUGCUGCCUCGACUUGUUGUCCAGACAGCCUGGCGACUGUGCAAAGACCAUGGUGUGUGUUAGUAUUUUCAGCGACAAGUCCAACUUCGGACGCAUGGAUCCCGACAAAUCGGAGUUUCAGCCAUGGCGAGACUACAUGGGCUUGGCCGAAGCUGUGCGAGCUAUCUGCCUGAGAGAUUCUCCACCCGAAAAGACUGCUGACGAACUCUUCCCGAGAGAGAGGAGAGAAAGUAAGCCUUCCGUAGUGCCCGCGCGCUAUCGAUCUAGCAAAGCACCUGGAGAUAGGCCCGCGAUGACCAGGGGCUGCUCCUGCAAGUCAGCUUCAGUGGUGGCGUGCAAUGAUUCCCCUCCGAGGCGAUCCAUGGAAUCCCCCCCACGCUUCACCCGCAAGGCCUUCGGAUCGCCCAAAUCCAAGGAGCGCAAGAAGCCGCCGCACUCUCCGGCGACGUCCGAGCCCUCCCCGCCGCAGAUGUUCUGCAGCUUCUGCAAACACAACGGAGAGGCGGAGGCUAUUUACACCUCGCACUGGCUGAAGGAUCAGCUCGGCGAUGUGGUGUGUCCGUUCCUGCGCAGCUACGUGUGUCCGACGUGCGGAGCGACAGGUACCAGGGCGCACACCAAGCGCUUCUGCCCACUGGUCGACAGCACCUACAGCUCCGUGUAUACAAAGUAGCCAAGCUGACAUCCCGGAUGAAGGCCUUUCUGUGCUCAUCACAAGGUGAAACUUGUGACGUUGAAGCACUGUGGUGCUUUGGGUAGCUAGGAGGUUGAACACUUAUUUUAGCAGUUAUGUUUUUCUUUAGAUUAAUAGUUGUAGAUUCGUUCCUGUGUUGUUCCUGUCUACAAGAGGCAGGACUUGGUUGAGAACGUUUAUGGAAAAAAAGGGUCAACCCUCGGUUUGGUAAGACAGGUUUGCGUGUAUCUGUUCUUUAUUUAUUUAUUUUGCAUGCUGCACUGUGCUAUACUAUUUAUGUGUGUUUGGCACGCUAACGUGUGAUUGUUUUUUUUUUAUCUCUGCACUGGUUUUGCUGUGUUACUUUCCUUUGUCUAUGAGUAGUUUAGUUGUGUGUCUCCUUAUGACAAGCCUGUAGUCCACCGCGGGUCUGCGCAGAACGGGUGCUAUCAAACCUGUUGUGUAUAUUUUUGGUCUAGAGCCAAACUUUUCAACUCAAGUGCUGAACACGAACGCCCUACAUACAAUCAUCAUGACACCACUGUGACCAUCAACAUGAUCUGUUUUGAAUUUAUAUUUUGAGUAUCAGUAUAUCAAGCAUCAUCAACCAUGUACAUGAAUCAUUGUAAAAGAUACCAACCACGAACAAAAACAACCAGGUACUGACUGCAAGACUUUUUAAAUCUUUUUUUAUGUCAUUGUUUUAACACUUAUUGUUUUGUGCUUCUUAUUGUUUUUCUGUUGAAAUGAGGGCCCCUUUAAGAUCCCUCUGCAUGUGAGUCAAGGGUUAUGUUAUGUUGACCUGAAGGAUUUUGACAUUUGUCUUUGUAGAAAUUAUGCACAUCUCAAAGUUGUACAAAAACA